CGUGGUGAGGCAAAGUGAUCUAAGUGCCAAAAAUUGAAAAAUACUUUUUUCUACACCAAAAUGAUCUAUGUAUAUAUAAAAUAUGUAAAUGAUCUCUUUACACAAUACUGUGUAAAGAGAUCUAUCUCCAAACUAUCAAUAAAUUGUUGGUAAAAGCAAUUAUAGAUGGAGCUGUCUGUAUGUCCACGCAUGUCAUUCGCUCUAAUUGAUCUAAGUCCAUUCAUGCUAUUUUUAUUUUUGUCGUUGUUAUUAUUGUUUACGCACAAUGUCGAUAACAGUCAACAUUACAUCAUCAUGGUUUGCAGUUUCUAUAUCAGUCGAUAUUUUGUUGUGUACAAAUAGCUAUCAUUCUUAUUUUUCUCUGUAUUUUGUGAUUUUAUUUUGCGAUCAUGGAUGAAUCUGCUUUUAAACCAUAUGAAAAUUUAAAGAAUAAACGUCAAAGGAAAAUAGAAAGUGAAAAAAGAUUAAGUGGAAAAGAAUACGAAACCGUUAAGAGAAAAACAAAAAUAUCAGGAAAAAAAGCACCUACAAACGAAGUUAUUUGCAAGUGUAAGUUUGGUUGCAAUGAUGUAUUGCACAUUAAAAAAAAGCUCUUCGAGAACUUUUACAAUUUGGGAAUCAACGAACAAGGAAGCUACUUAAUGGGACUUAUGCAAAUCCUAACCAUCCAAAGACGUCGACAUGGAAAUUAUGAUGAUCCGGUAGAAAGUAGAAGGCAAUCAACUAUCAGUUUUACAGUGCCCAAUGGACAUGGAGACCUCAAAAGGGUAUGCAAAAAAACUUUUCUUGACAUUUUUGCUAUCAGUCCUCAAAAAGUGACAACUCUUGUUAAAAGAAAAAANAUAUAA